UCGGGCAACAUGGUGGAUGUGGAAGAGGCAGCAGCCUCUGGGAGCCACUUGAAUGGCGACCUGGAUCCAGACGACAGGGAAGAAGGAGCUGCCUCUACGGCUGAGAAAGCAGCCAAGAAAAAAAGACGAAAGAAGAAGAAGAGCAAAGGGGCUUCUGCAGCAGGGGAACAGGAACCUGAUAAAGAAUCAGGAGCCUCAGUGGAUGAAGUAGCAAGACAGUUGGAAAGACAAGCAUUGGAAGAUAAAGAAAGAGAUGAAGAUGAUGACGAUGGAGAUGGCGAUGGAGAUGGAGCAACUGGAAAGAAGAAGUAAAAGAAGAAGAAGAAGAGAGGACCAAAAGUUCAAACAGACCCUCCCUCAGUUCCAAUAUGUGACCUGUAUCCUAAUGGUGUAUUUCCCAAAGGACAAGAAUGCGAAUACCCACCCACACAAGAUGGGCGAACAGCUGCUUGGAGAACUACAAGUGAAGAAAAGAAAGCAUUAGAUCAGGCAAGUGAAGAGAUUUGGAAUGAUUUUCGAGAAGCUGCAGAAGCACAUCGACAAGUUAGAAAAUAUGUAAUGAGCUGGAUCAAGCCUGGGAUGACAAUGAUGGAAAUCUGUGAAAAGUUGGAAGACUGUUCACGCAAGUUAAUAAAAGAGAAUAGAUUAAAUGCAGGCUUGGCAUUUCCUACUGGAUGUUCUCUCAAUAAUUGUGCUGCCCAUUAUACUCCCAAUGCCGGUGACACAACAGUAUUACAGUAUGAUGACAUCUGUAAAAUAGACUUUGGAACACAUAUAAGUGGUAGGAUUAUUGACUGUGCUUUUACUGUCACUUUUAAUCCCAAAUUUGAUACAUUAUUAAAAGCUGUAAAAGAUGCUACUAACACUGGAAUAAAGUGUGCUGGAAUUGAUGUUCGUCUGUGUGAUGUUGGUGAGGCCAUCCAAGAAGUUAUGGAGUCCUAUGAAGUUGAAAUAGAUGGGAAGACAUAUCAAGUGAAACCAAUCCAUAAUCUAAAUGGACAUUCAAUUGGGCAAUAUAGAAUACAUGCUGGAAAAACAGUGCCGAUUGUGAAAGGAGGGGAGGCAGCAAGAAUGGAGGAAGGAGAAGUAUAUGCAAUUGAAACCUUUGGUAGUACAGGAAAAGGUGUUGUUCAUGAUGAUAUGGAAUGUUCACAUUACAUGAAAAAUUUUGAUGUUGAACAUGUGCCAAUAAGGCUUCCAAGAACAAAACACUUACUAAAUGUCAUCAGUGAAAACUUUGGCACCCUUGCCUUCUGCCGCAGAUGGCUGGAUCGCUUGGGAGAAAGUCAAUACUUGAUGGCUCUGAAGAAUCUGUGUGACUUGGGCCUUGUAGAUCCAUAUCCACUAUUAUGUGACAUUAAAGGAUCAUAUACAGCGCAAUUUGAACAUACCAUCCUGUUGCGUCCAACAUGUAAAGAAGUUGUCAGCAGAGGAGAUGACUAUUAAACUUAGUCCAAAGCCACCUCAACACCUUUAUUUUCUAAGCUUUGUUGGAAAACAUUAUACCAGAAUUAAUUUGCAACAUGUUGUCUGUUUUAACAGUGGACCCAUGUAAUACUUUUAUCCAUGUUUAAAAAAGAAGGAAUUUGAUCAAAGACAAACCAUCUAAUGUAAUUAACCAACGAAAAAGCUUUCAGGACUUUUAAAUGCUAACUGUUUUUCCCCUUCCUGUCUAGGAAAAUGCUAUAAAGCUCAAAUUAGUUAGGAAUGACUUAUACGUUUUGUUUUGAAUACCUAAGAGAUACUUUUUGGAUAUUUAUAUUGCCAUAUUCUUACUUGAAUGCUUUGAAUGACUACAUCCAGUUCUGCACCUAUACCCUCUGGUGUUGCUUUUUAACCUUCCUGGAAUCCAUUUUCUAAAAAAUAAAGACAUUUUCAGAUCUGAAAAAAAAAAAAAA